AUGCGAGAUCCAGUUCCGGGGGCUGCCAUGGCGUACCACCCUUUCCACGCGCCCCGGCCGUCCGACUUCCCCAUGUCUGCCUUCCUGGCCGCCGCUCAGCCGUCCUUCUUCCCGGCUUUGGCCCUAUCCCCGGCCGCCCUGACGAAACCUUUGCCGGACCCCAGCCUGGCCGGAGCGGCGGAAGCCAGCCUCCACGUCUCGGCUCUGGGCCACCACCACCCAGCCGCCCACCUGAGGUCGCUGAAAAGCCUGGAGCCGGAGGAAGAGGUGGAGGACGACCCCAAAGUGACCCUCGAAGCCAAGGAGCUGUGGGAUCAGUUUCACAAGCUGGGGACGGAGAUGGUGAUCACCAAAUCGGGCAGGCGAAUGUUUCCCCCUUUUAAAGUGCGGGUGAACGGCCUCGAUAAAAAAGCCAAAUAUAUUUUAUUAAUGGACAUUGUGGCUGCUGAUGACUGUCGCUAUAAAUUCCACAAUUCGCGCUGGAUGGUGGCCGGGAAGGCCGACCCGGAGAUGCCCAAGCGAAUGUACAUCCACCCGGACAGCCCGGCCACGGGGGAGCAGUGGAUGGCCAAACCGGUCGCUUUCCACAAGCUCAAACUGACCAACAACAUCUCGGACAAGCACGGAUUUACCAUCCUGAACUCGAUGCAUAAAUACCAGCCUCGAUUCCACAUAGUCCGGGCCAACGACAUCCUCAAGUUACCCUACAGCACCUUUCGGACAUACGUGUUUCCCGAGACCGAUUUCAUAGCGGUGACUGCUUACCAAAACGACAAGAUCACCCAGUUGAAAAUCGAUAACAACCCCUUCGCAAAAGGAUUUCGAGAUACCGGCAAUGGCAGACGAGAAAAAAGAAAACAGCUGACGCUGCCCUCCCUGCGGAUGUAUGAGGAUCAGUGCAAGCCGGACCGAGACGGAGGCGAAUCGGACGCUUCUUCGUGCGAGCCGGCCCCGGUUCGAGACCCGCUCCACUCCCCGCUGAGUACGGCCCCCAGUCCCUUAAGACUGCACCGCAACAGCCGAGAAGAUAAAGGCAGCGAUCACGAGUUAGACAAACUCCCGGAAGGAAAAAGACCCAGUCCUGACCUGGAAAACUGCAGUCCCCGCAGCAGCAGCAGCCCCCGCCUGCCGGGGGACGAGAGGAGUCGAGUUGGCAAAGCUGGCGAGGUCUCAUUGCCCAAAGAAGGCCUUGGUGAAGGGCCCCUGCUUAGCCCGCUGGGCCUGGAGAAAGACAAAGUGGAGGGCCGAAGGAAAGAGCCGCUGGCGCCGCCGCCACCCCUGCAGGAAGGCUCCAAGAAAGAGGCCCACGGUGACUGCGCUCCCCUGGGGGGCAGCAAGGAGUCCUUUGCCCCCCUGAUGGUUCAGACGGACAGUCCUCCACACCUGAGCGCAGGGCACCUGCAAAGCCUGGCUCUCUCGGGCCUCCACGGGCAGCAGUUCUUCAACCCCCUCAGCGCUGGGCAGCCCUUCUUCAUCCACCCGGGACAAUUCGCCAUGGCUCCGGGGGCAUUCUCCGCCAUGGGCAUGGGACACUUGCUGGCGUCUGUGGCAGGCGGAGGGAGCUUGGAGAAUGGAGGCUUGGCUGCCACGCAGGGGGCAGCUGGCACGGCAACCCCCUUCCCUUUCCACCUCUCCCAGCACAUGUUGGCUUCUCAGGGAAUCCCGGUGCCUACCUUUGGAGGACUUUUUCCUUACCCCUACACCUACAUGGCGGCGGCCGCUGCAGCUGCCUCUGCCAUCCCAGCCACCAGCGCGGCCCCGGCCAGCUCGUUAUCCCGGAACCCCUUCCUGAGCAACGCCCGUCCUCGCCUGCGCUUCAGCCCCUAUCAGAUCCCGGUUGCCAUCCCACCCAGCACCAACCUCUUAACCACUGGUUUGCCCACCAGCUUGAAUGCCGGCUCGGAAGGGUCCAAGCCCGGAAGCAGCCGGGAAUCGAGUCCCCUCUCGGAUCUCCCCUUGCACAAAUCUGGCGGCCAGAGGGCCUCUUUGUCCCCAAAAGGGUCCCUGAAGGAUUCCAUCAACGAGCUGCAGAACAUCCAACGACUGGUUAGUGGUUUGGAAACCCAGAGGGACGUCUCCCCAGGCAGGGAAUCCCCCAAGUGA